AAAAAGAAAUAUUCCAAAGAUCGUAAACAUGGCCUCGCGGUACAAUCACGGUGUUCAGCGAGUUUUAGCAAAAUUAGAAGCGUCCAUAAAUUCGGAAAAUUAUUAUGAGGCUCAUCAAAUGUAUAGAACUUUGUAUUUUAGAUAUCUUGGACAGAAAAAGUAUUCGGAACUUUUAGAAUUACUGUAUAAUGGUUCAACCCUUUUAUUAAAACACGAACAAUAUGUUAGCGGAGCUGACCUAGGAAUUUUAUUUAUAAGUGUCUUAACACAGUCAGGAACAGAACCUUCUCAAAACUAUUUUGAAAAAAUUAUAAACUUAUUUAGUUUAAUGAGCCCUUUAUCGCCCGAAAGAGAUGUUUUUGUGCAAUCUGCCCUACGAUGGAGUAUAAAGAAUACAGAAUAUAAGACGGGUCACCCUGAUUUACAUAAAAAAAUAGCACAAGUAUUUUGGAGAGAAAAAAACUACAUAAUGGCAAGACAACAUUUCAUAUAUAGUAGAGAUGGUUCUGGAUGUGCUGCAAUGCUUGUUGAGCUUCAUGAGCAACGUGGUUACACGAAUGAAGUAGAUCUUUUUAUAGCCCAGGCAGUUUUGCAAUAUCUCUGUUUACAAAAUACAGCAGCUGCGCAGGAAGUUUUCAAUUCUUAUACUUCACGGCAUCCGAAAAUAAAUAGCGGCCCACCAUAUAUUCUUCCAUUGUUGAACUUUUUAUUUUUUUUAUUGAAAACAAUUGAAUGUGGUAAACUUGCUGUGUUCACAGUACUUUGUGAACAAUAUCAAAUAUCUUUAAACAGAGACCCAUGUUAUCGACAAUACUUAGAUAAAAUAGGGCAGUUAUUUUUCAAUAUUCCAUCUCCGCGACCUCGUAAGCAAGGGCUAUUUAGUUCUUUUUUACAAUCCUUUUUUAAUGACGUCGAAGACGAAGACUCAGACGAUGAACAAAGAAAUACAGCUUCAACCUCGUACACAGCACAAGAACUUGACUGAUUAAAGGUUGUCUGUCACUGUGCAAAGUGAUGAAAGUAAGCAAUGAACUUAUACGCGUGUGUUUCACAUAUUUUCAAAAAUUACAUUAUGCUAUUCUUUCAAAUUUUUAAAAGAAUAGUACAUUGAAAUUAUUUUUUUUAAAUAUAUUGUAUAGAUAAAAUUAUUUAAAAUAAAAAUAUUCGGGAUACAUUACCAGAGGAAUUUUUCAAAGUUGUAAGUUGUGCGAGUUCCAAACAAUUCCCUAACUCAAUUUUCGAAGGUCUUCAAAAAACAGAAGGCAUCCGAGAAAGGUAACAGUUUCCAGCUUCUUUUUUCAUCACUGAUGUCUGUUUUAAUUCUGUAUUUGAACAAAAUUAUUUAACAUCGUUAUUUUUAACAGAUUCCUUAAACUUAAACUUUGAACAAAAUCCUUGCAUUAAUUACAAUUCGUAUAUAACAUACAUAUAUUUAAAAACAAACGUGUAAUUGAGUGUAAUUGCUAAAACGAAGAUUUAUUUUAUAUAAACUUAUUCGUGUGACAAAUAAACCUGACAUAUAUACUUAUAGUUUCAAAAACAGAGUACUUAAUAAUAUUACUUGUUGCUAAAUUAUUAAAUGUGGUCAAGCGAAUAGUGCAUAGAUAAAUGUAGCAACAAGUAAAAUAUUUAUUUAUUCAACUCUACAUCAAUAUAAAAAAUAUUAAUAUUGUUUAAAAUUUCAGUAGGAAAAGAGAUUACGUAUUUAAUUUAAAAAAUUUAAUUGCCAUGAUUCUGUAACAAAGCACUUUUUAGUACUAUUAAUAAGAAAAAUAUACUUUUGCUGUGUAUUGAAUAAAAAAAGAUAUGGAACCAAUAUAAUUAUAAACAGAUUUAUAAUAAGUAUAUACAUAUAUAGACAUAUAUUGUAUAUGUAUUCUUAUAAAAGUACUUGUGUAUACACAGAAUAUCCUUUCAUUGUGGGUAUAGAAGCUUAUUUUUUCAUAGUUUAUGGAUGCAAUAAAUAUUGUAUAAAUAUGGGAUGUUCAAAAUGUCAAAAUUUGUAUGAUUAAGUUCCAUAUUAGAAACAAAUUUCUGUUCAAAAGAAUAUAAUUGUAUUUAUAAAAUUCAAACUUUUUGCACUGUAUGUAAGAAUACUACGAAAUUGCUUAAUUUUUCGUACAUUAUUUAAAAAGGAGACAUCAGAGAAAAGUAAGAAGAUUGAUUUACUAAGAUCAUAUCGUACUGAUGUUAGUACAUAUAUAUGGUCGCAUUGUUGCUCCAAAAGCUUUUCACAAUGAAGCAUCGAGGAAAUCCAAAUGUAAAGUAUUUGGAGUAUAUAAAUAUUUUAUACAGUCCAAUAGUCAAAGAAAAAUAAUGUACAAAUAAAAGGUUCAUAUUAUCUAUAAUAAUAGAACAAUUUUUAUUUGAAAUUUAUUUUAACAAGACGAAUUAUACUACAUAAACAAGUAUAUUAUUUAUACCUUUUAAAAAUUAACUUAUCAAGGAGAUUAAACUAAA